UUUUGUCACUACCCUGCAACUCCUCCCUUGAUACUGUUACAGAAGCUACUCCAUUUGAGCCUUUCUGCUAUCUGGGCCAGCACGUCCUACUCAGGGCACCUCUAAUUGACUAUACCACUGCAAUCUGUUAGGCCGAAAUGUCUACUUCACGGGACCGAGUUGAGGAUACCUAUGAGAUGCAGAAUGACCAGAGGCUCGAUGAGCUGCAUUCUAAGUUACGGUCAUUACGCGGAGUCACGACAGAUAUCUAUGACGACGUUGAGCGGCAAAACACUACGUUAGACGAGACACGAAAUUCCUUUGCCUCCUUUGGUGCUUCACUGGUGCAAUCAUCCCGACGUGCCUCACAAGCGUUCGGGAUUGGUUCUGGUGGCGUGAAGCAGUGGCGGACUAUCGGCUACUGCAUCGCAGCCUUCGUGGCUCUAUGGAUUUUGUGGAAGGUGUUCCGAUGGUUCUGGUGGACGCCAAGUCCAUGAGCUGUGCGCUGAACGUUUCUCUUCUGGAUACUGGGUGAUAUUGGAUGCACGUCUGGAACCUAGGACGACGACGAGCAGAUAUUGUAUGGUCGCAUAAUGUAAUUUAUUGCGUUCACAGGACACGUAGUUUCUCAAUUGUAUACUAGGAAUUGAUUGUCAGUCUAUAUCACAACUGUAUAUUGUACGGGCGCCACAGUCGCGUGCGGUGGCCCGAAUGGAGAUGGUCAUUUGCC